AUGCAGUUAGUGACCAACGCAUACGAAGAGAGGUUGUCAAGUUCAAGUAUGGAAAGCAAGGGGCAAGAACCCUCCAUGUCACUCGCGCUCAGGUUGCCUCUUUCCGAUAAGGACAUUGACUUGAAAGCUGCCAACAAGAUCCUGUCGAGCGCACAGACCCGGGAGAAGUUCUUGAAAAUUGCGCAGUACGCUGCGAAAUUGGUCUCGUACUUUUUGCUCCGGGCUGGUACCAAAGACUGGGGCAAACAUUUCGAGACGUUGUCCAAGAACCUGUCCACAGCCCGGCGAUUCUUCAAGCUCUUCAGGUUUGCAAAACACUUGGAGGACGUGGCGGAAGCACGAGAGGAGAAAAGCUUCCUCUUCCGCUCGCUCCUCUUCACGGACAUCCUGGCGAACCUCGUGGCCGACAUCUCCGAGGAUUGGACCUCGCUUGAGAAGGUUGGGAUUGUGCGCAAGGGAACGCUGCACCCCCGCACCGAGUACUAUGCCAACUGGUGUCAGCUAGUCCUGGCGGUGGUGGAGAUCGUGGUGAGCAAGGUGAAAGCAGACCGAGCCAGGGAGAAGGCCAACGCGAUCAACAGCACCACGACGGAUCGACGGAAGUCCGCUCUGGCCUGCCUGGAGCUCAGCAAGUUCGUGGCGGACCUGGUCAAGGCCUUCUGGGACUGCGAGCUCCCUUUCGCGUCAGAGUUGGCCUUUUGCAUAUCCGGUUUGUGGGCAGCUUUGGUCAGUACGCACAAGCACGAAGUAUGCCUUACGAGCCAUCAAGUGACACCCACGAAGGGCUCUGCCGAAGCACAAAGGUGGCCAGGGAUCAAUGCAGUGCUCCCCGUUUUCUUUGUCCUGGAUUUUCCCACGUGUGCGCGGCGGCGAAUGAGCCUGACUGAGGCAUCGAUAACCGUUGAAUUGCGGCUUUGCGUCGAAGAGCAAGUCACGGGAGAUAGUGCAAGCUUUCAAGCAGAAGGGAAAGCGUGGGAUUGUGGCCAACAAGCUUUGCUUUCCCGUGCAGCGUGCAGCUACCGGAACGUCAUGGCACUGCGCAAACAGCACGUCUCGGCACUCACCCGUGAACGCUGUGUGCUGCUGGUGCUCACAGCUGGACCUCGGCCGCGCAAGGAGCGCAGGCAAGGUGAUGGCGUGGGAGCCUCGGCUUUGCCCUGCUUUUCCGAGCUUUGCCCAGUCUUGCGCCGUAUCAAGGAUUGUCAAGGUGCCAAGUGUGACAACAUAGAGCAGAGGCCGACGUUGCCCGUGAUUGUCGGCAUCAGGAGAGACAGCAGCAGCGGCAGAGCGGCGAUCAAGCAGCGUGCCUGGCGGCGUGCUUGGCAGUGUGCCUCAUGCGAUGAGUGCCUCAGCAGCUCGCGCCUCCGGGGGCCCGGGCCGGGCCCGCUCGGCCCGCUCGGUCCGCUCUUCUUGGGCCUCCUCCUGGGCCUCUGUGCGGCCCUCUGCGUGCCGCUGGCGCCCGCGCGGGCGGAGGACCGGGCGCCCGACCUGGAGAGCGGCAAAGGCAUCUUCCUGGCCAACUGUGCGGCCUGCCACGCGGGUGGCAACAAUGCCGUGCAGCCGGACAAGAAGCUCAAGAAGGACGCCCUGCAAACGUACGGGAUGUUUGACGUGGAGCGAAUAAAAUAUCAGGUCACAAACGGCAAGAACGCAAUGCCGGCCUUUGGCGAGCGGCUAGGGGCCGAAGACAUCGAGGACGUUGCCAACUAUGUUAUUGACCAGGCAAACAAAGGCUGGUCGUGA